ACUUCAACUCCCACCAAUCAUCUUAUAUUUCCCUCCAUCUCCUUCAUGUCUCUUGGAACCCUCGAUGUCUCUCUGGAUAAACGAUACCGCCAAAAUACCAACAAUCAUUCACGUCCCUGGCCAUAGGUUAUGAUUCCAGAAGUUGCGGUCACCAGACACCCUCAUAAACGAUUCUCCCACAGCGGAAUCUUCGCAAGCUCUCAGGAGAAAGUCGGACCUUACGUUCUUCUCGUUCGGAUAUGAGGGUAGCUGCACUGUUUAGCUUCAUCUCACUUUUCGUGACAACGGCACGCGGAUGGAGUCAACUGUGGCCAGAGCGGUUCAGCUUCUCGGAUAGUAAUACUGUGCAGCAGAGCGUAGGAAGGACGGACAGAGACGCGUUUGUAAAAGAUUUGGUUGAAAAAAUGAGGAUUGAGGAGCUCGUUAUACAGCUUCAUCUGAUGUUUGCAGACAACGUUGUCGGUCCAAACUCAACCAACGAGCUCUUCGACUUCGCUCUUCUUCCUGCCCCGCCAGAUACUGGCCUUGGCGUCGUUCACGAUUGGUACCCGACUUCUCCGACAUUCUACAAUGACUUGCAGCAGCUCAAUCUCGACAAAUCACGUCUUAAAACGCCCUUCAUGCUUAUUGAGGAGUGUCUACAUGGUGUAGGAUCUUUCAAACAAUCCAUGUUUCCCCAAGCUAUUGCACUAUCCGCUUCAUGGGAUGAAGAUCUCGUCUGGCGAGUUGGACGAGCGAUUGGUACAGAGGCUCGGGCGAUAGGAAUCCAUGCUUGUUUUGCGCCUGUUUUGGACCUUGGGAAGGAUGUACGGUGGGGUAGAGUACAAGAGGCUUGGGGAGAAGACCAUGUCCUGACAUCGCACAUGGGCGUCGCGUUUGCAUCUGGUCUUUCGAAGAACGGAUCCUGGUCCGAUUCCGACGCCGUUAUUCCAGUCAUGAAGCACUUCGCGGCCCACGGGUCUCCUCAAGGUGGAAUAAAUGCAGCUCCAUUCAUGGGACGGGGAAAUCGUCAGCUUAUGAUGGAGAUGUUGAUACCAUUUCGAGAUGCGGUACAGAAAGGCUUUACAAAGGGGGUUAUGAUGGCAUACCACGAAUAUGACGAGAUACCAGCGCAUGUCAAUCCAGUUUUCUACGAUGCGUUAGAUGACUGGGGAUUCGACGGCUUCGUAAUAGCAGACGAUACCGGGAUGAGAAUGUUGUCUGGUAGUCAUCGAGUGGCGAGCACUACGGCGGAUACCAUAUCUCAAUGGUUCAACGCCGGAGGAAUGCUGCAGUUUUAUGAUUACGAUCUGCCCACCUACCUCAACACGAUCAAAGCUCUGGUCGCCAACUCUACUGUCUCUCUCGACACCAUCAAGGCGCACGCUUCCAGAAUCCUAGGCGUCAAAUACGACCUUGGGCUCUUCGACGAUCCAUUUAUCCCUCCCGGAAUCGACUACCAAACCAUCACGCACGAACAUGUUCCCCUUACCCUCGAAGCAGCGCAGAAAGCCAUUGUGCUUUUAGAGAAUAGGAACAAUACGUUACCUCUGAAUCCUAAGAACCAGGGUAUAAAGACUAUCGCUUUGGUUGGCCCAUUCGGAGAUACCCUCAACUAUGGCGAUUACGCUGGUCCUUGGGGGGCAUAUCCUGUAGCCAACUCGAGUACUAUUCGGCAGGGAAUCCUCGGAUACCUUAUCGGCGAAAAUGAAGACAUUCGACUUUUGACGAGUACUGGAGCUAAUACUUGGUUGUAUAAUGCUCAGUACCCGAUCCCUACUUAUCUGCUCUCACCACCUCCAAAUUCGAAUUCUUCCUUUUCUUCUUCUGCGUCAGGAAACGUUAAUGUUACUGGUGGCCUCCGAGCUACGUAUUUCGCCGAUACCAAUUUCACGAAACCUAUCUUUACGACUAUCGAAGCUCCGAACCGGGAUUGGGGGUUAUACCCUCCACUUGGAUUACCUUCCAAUAAUUUUAGUGUUAUUUGGGAGGGUGAGAUUACGCUUCCGUUUGAUGAUCGUUCUGGGUCUGGGAGCGUUGAAGGAGAUAUCCAAGGGUUCAUAGGGGUUGGGAUAUCACCGAACUCGACUGCACGUCUGUUCAUUGACGAGAAACUUGUUGUGGAAUCUCCGUUUUCGGAGUCGAGUAAUAUCCUAGGGAACAUCCCACCGCUUGUGUAUAGCGUUGUGAAUGGGACGGCGGCUCCGCCUGGUGGUGUGCCUUUUACGUUUGCAAAAGGGGAAGUGGAAAGGAAGAGGGUGGGUGUGAGGGUUGAGUUUCAGACGUGGAAUUUGUAUCAGAAAGUUGAGAAUGUGAAUUCGGUUAAUUCGCAAGUUGAACUUUGGUGGAAUUUGGUGGAUAGGAGGGAGGGGGAGGCUGUUAGACAGGCUGUUGAGAUAGCUAGGGCAGCUGAUGUUAUGGUGUUGGCGGUUGGAGCGAAUUGGAAUAGUGAUGGGGAGAGUGGAGAUCGUGCUACGCUGGGGUUGUCGGCUAAUCAGACUGUACUCGCAGAUGCAAUAUUCGCGUUGGGAAAACCUGUAGUGCUUGUACUGCAAGGAGGACGACCGUUUGCGAUUCCUGAUUAUUAUGCGAAAUGUGCGGCUGCUAUCAGUGCGUUCUUCGCAGGUCAAUCUGGUGGCCAGGCUAUUGCGGAUGUUUUGUUUGGGAAAGUGAAUCCGGGUGGCAGGAUACCGCUUAGUGUUCCGUUUGACGAAGGAACGCUGCCUUCUUUCUAUAAUUACCAUUCUACGGCGCAUGGUCCAGAAUAUACUGAUAUCUCUUCCUUACCAACGGUGACCGGGCUUCCUCAUUCCUCCGUGGAUCUCUAACAUUUAACACCAUUUUGUAGUACUUCUUUGGUUACGGGCUGUCGUAUACCACGUUUAGCGUGGCAGACUUUAACGCUACUUCAAAUACAUUCGCAGCUGGAGAAACGAUUCAUUUCCAUGUUCGAGUUUCGAAUGAGGGUGAUGUCGCUGGGAGUUACGUUGCUCAGGUAUACCUCUUACAACGUGUAUCUGCCAUCGUCAAACCGGCACGCCAGCUAGUUGCGUUCAAACGCGUGUAUCUCGAUGGUGGAGAGUCUGUAGAGAUAACGAUGGAUUUGGAGGUGAAUAGGUUUUUGCCUAUUGUGAAUCGGAGAUAUGUUUGGGAGUUGGAGAAGGGUGAUUAUACGUUUGUUUUGUUGGAUGAUGGAGGGCCGGAGGCGCGUCGAAGGGGGAGUGUUACGUUGAAGUGUGUGUAGGGUUGUACCGGUGGUGUUAACGGAAACUGAGUAAACUAAAACUAACGGGAUUGUUUUUUUCGAAGUGAAGUUGAUUGGAUGGAUAGUCCGCCAGCUCUGGUGAUUGUAUAUUGAUAUAUUGUUAAACCUUUUAAACC